AUGGCGCUCCACUCCAUCUACGACCUCACGACCUUUGCGCGCCGCACACGCGGUGCGACGCCUCCCAAGCUUGUCGGCGCGAGCACCACCGUAGUUGGGAAUCGUGUAUACCUCUUUGGUGGGCGCCUGGUCCAGGAGCGCCGCAUGGUUGCAGACCUCUGGGCGUUCGACACACAGACAUUCACCUGGGAAGCGAUCACACCAGCGUCACCCCCCUCACGCGCUCCGCGCGCUCGGUACUUCCACUCAUCAGAUGCGUUCGCAGGGCGCUGGCUUCUAGUCUUCGGCGGUAUGAGUGCGGCCGACUCCGCGGAGCGCACCGCGAACCCCGACGAUCUCUGCGUACUCGCCGACCUGCAUGCAUUCGAUACCCAGACCGGCCACUGGACGGAGCUAGGAGGCGGUGUAGGACUUGGGGGAACCGGUCAGACAAGUGCUGCACCUGAUGACGCUUCCCUUGCACCGCGUGCUCGCUAUGCACAUCUGUCCAGCGUCACAGGCCACAACCUAUACAUUAUCGGUGGGCAGGACUACUACAACACAUGGCUAGACGAUAUUUGCGUCUUCGAUCUGCGUGCCGGCAGAUGGGUCCAGCGCCAGCCAUACAAUCGCCACUGCGGCACAUACCGCUCAGUCGCGGUAUCUUCCCCUUCGCGCGUGCGCUAUCCCCUCGACGAGCUUCCAGAUGCCCUCCUUGGAGCCGAUCACAGCGACGCGAACCCCUUCGGCCAGCCGACCUGCCCCGACACCCCAGAAGCUACCAACGCCCGCGCGCUCGUCCAUCUUCCAUACCAAGACGUCGAGGACCCCGACAGCCCCUCACCUCCUAUAGAUGACGACAAGCCAGAGGGCGCGGAGCAGCAUGACUCCGGACGGCGCCCCCACGGCGUCGGCGGCAGCGAGAUUUGGGUGUACAGCAACUACAAUUUCACCGACGUGAAGCGCGAGCUGGAAGUGUUGACGCCCCGGCCGGAUGGCUCAUUCGCGGUGCGCGACCUGAGCGCGGCGAUGCAGGAGGGGAGGAAGGACAUGCCCCUCCCGCCCGGCCUGCGCUUCCCUGGCGGUUUCCUUCUCGGAGGGCACCUGUUGCUAUGCGGCACGUAUCUCGCGCACAGCUUCCAGAGUUUUUCGAUCUGGGCAUUGCAUCUCGGGGGUGGCGGGAAGGGGAUGAGCUGGUCACGAAUUGACUGUGGCUCUGUCCUGCAGAGCGGUAGUUGGUUCCGCUCUGUGCUGGUUCCUGCACAUGGGUCGGCGCCGGAUAGGCUGCUGAUCUUUGGCGACCGGGCUGGUAACCUGGUUGACGAUUACAACAAGCGACUGUUAAGUUGGGAGCAUGUCGCUGUCGUUGACCUAGAGGCAUUUGGCGUGUACAGCCCGCCAAAGGCUCGGAUACCACCGAACCCAGCGCUUCCGCUGCCCAUGGGAGCGCUAACCUCGCCUCUGACACCAACCUCUGCCUCGUCUGUUGUGUUGUCUGCGCAGCUCUUGGGUCUACGCGCGCUCGAGGCGGGUGUUGCGGCAGAUUUCUGGCUAGUGUGCGAGGAUGGCAGGAAGGUGGCAUGCAGCCGAAAGAUCCUUGAGUCAAGAUGGCCCUGGUUCCGACGGCAGAUGGAGGGCUUCGUCGAGCGCGCGCGUCGCACAGCAGCCAGCAUGCCGCCCAAUCGCAUGCACGUCCCCCUCAAAGCCGGCCCCAGCGGCAUCGACGAGGACGAGGAGCUCGGUGUGGGCGCGGGCCUGACGCCCCGGGGUGCCAGCAUGUUUGACGGCGAUGCGGAUGGCGCAAGGGAUCCGAGGCUGAUGCCGAGGAGCUUCAAUGUGCCGGCCCCGUAUCCGGUUGUGGUGGCGCUGUUGCAGUAUCUGUAUACGCUCGCUCUCGUCACCCCACUUCAGCACGCGCCGGCGGUGCUGAGCCAGUUGCUCAUCCUCAGCCGCGUAUGCGCAGACGACGGCGAGGAGGGCGAGGAGGAGACCGGUGGUAUGGCGCAUCUGCGCGCGCUCGUUCGACAUGCUAUGCACUGUGCGCUGGGCAACUCUAACAGCGUAGGCGUGUAUGAGGUCGCAACCCUUUGCGGCGAGCGUGGCUUGCAGAUUCGUGCGCUUCGGACGGUUAUGGCAUACACCUCCAAGAAAGGCUCAACCGAUAAGAGCAAGAGCCGGUCUCGUGGCGACCGUGAUCGUCGAGAUGACGGUUCUGCAGGCGGUGGUGCAGGCGGCAACGCUACUGAUACCAGCACCGGCGGAGGUUCGGUAGGUGGUGCACCGAGCAGCGUAGGAGGUGGGUAUCGUCGAUGA